UCUGCUAAAAAAAAGUUUUGGGGCAUCAUUGACUUCCAUAGUGUUUUGUACAUAGUAGUAAAAAAAAAAACUAUGUAAGUCACCAUAGUAUGGUGCCACACAACUGUUUGGUUACAAAUAUUCUUCAAAAUAUCUUCCUUUGUGUUCAGCAGAACAAAAAUUCUUACAGGUUUGGAACAACUUGAGGGUGAGUAAAUGAUGACAGAAUUUUCAUUUUUGAGUGAACUAUCCUUUUAAGUCAUGUUCGUAGUGGGGAAAUGUCUACCACAAUACCCCACGAUUAAUAUAGCAAGCAUAUGUAUAUUUAUCUUUAUCUUUAUUACUCUAUACCACAACUUACCUGAGAGGGAAGCCAUAUCUUUCCACAGACUCUUGGAAGAAGGUCAGUGCAGUUAAUGCUGAAUUGUUUGUGGCAGCACCAAGGUACAUUAUCUGUAAAAUUAGAAAUAGUGUUAUUAGUUUUAGUUAUCUGGUACAUAAACAAUUCAAAUGUUGCUUUACACUGUACAACAAAGAAAAGAAAAAAAAAAUCACCUUUCGUGAAAAGCCAUCCACCCCUCCAAACAAGACAAUGUUAUACCUAAAAUCACAGGCAUUAGACCAAGGUUCUCGACUCUGGCCCUUGAGAUUCACUUUUCUGCAGAGUUUAGUUCCUGCCUUGGUUAAAGUCACCUACCUAUUACUUUCUAGUAAUCCUGAAGACCUUGAUUAGCUUGUUCAAGUGUGUUUGAUUAGGGUUGGAGCUGAUCUCUGCAGAAAAAUAGACCUCAAGGGCCAGAGUUUUAGAACUGCUUCAUUAAACAAAAGUUCCAUCUUAAGACAAUACAGUUAAAAUUAAUUAAUGAGUAAAACCUUACACAGAAUAUUACAAUUUUUACUUGCGUAUUAAUUUGUGAUUAGUGUCAAUGUGCAUCAUUGAUUUGGGCCCUGGCACUGAAUAUGUCCUCCGGACAACACAACCCAGCUCUGUCAUCCUAGAUAAAACUCCCAGUGUGUCCACUCGAUGAAGUGAUGCCCUCACCCACUCAUAUUGUACCUUGUGCCCUUCAGCUUUCAAAGCAUCCUUCACCAUCCUGUACCCAGAGUUUGGCAUUCUGGACUUAAUAUUAGACACUAACAUGUCUAACUCGUUGUCUGUUAGUGAACUAUACAGUGAUCUGACUGAUAGGCUGAACUCCGCCAGUCGUCUAUGUACAGUCCGUUCAGAUACCCCCAAAAGGUUAGCAAUGCACCUGACUGGUAAGUUCAUCUCAAGCAAACUGGCGAGAUAUUCACGACCAAUGACUGCUUUUGGUCGUCCACAACUACCUUGUUCAAAAUGUGCUGUCAUUACAUGUGUCUCGUUGCUUUGUCUUUCUGAAGUAAUUGCAUGAUGCAGACCAGUUAAACCUUCCCAUAUGUCAACAGGAAUGAUGACCUGGGGAGAUACAGCACUGAGGAACCCUAACUCCUGAACACAGAUAAAUUCUAAGAAGUCCAAAUCCACAGGCAUCCUUGCAAGGGCAUGCUUCAAACGUAAACGAAGCCUCUCCCAUAUAUGAUCUAGAAGUAUCUGUUCCUGUAACAAUAAAGACAAAGGUUAGCUACAGUGCCAGCACUUAGGGAAAGAAGUGUAUAAAUGACAUGACCAAAAUGGUUAAUGCUCAUGAAGGACUUCUUUUGGAAAACUGACACUUGCUCAAACAUUAUUGUACAUAAUUUAUUACAAAUAUGCACAUUUACUCACACACACACAACAAAACUAUGAAACAGUAAAAAGUGUUAUACGUUUUUACACCAUUACCUAUACUAAACAAUAAUCAACAUUACUCAAAAUAUCUGCUGUUUGAAAAUGCAUGUCUAUAAACAUUUCAGAUGUGUUAAAUUUCAAAUGUUCAAUUUUCAAGAUUUAAAAAUUCAAAUUCAGAACUAUGUAAAAUUCAACAUAAUAUUCAAUUUUGUUAAAUUACACUUGUCUAUAAUUCAGAUUUACACAAUUCAAAUUCAUAGUAUUGUCAUAAUUCUAGCUCCAUAGUUUUUCAUAACAAAACCCGCCCAAUCGCUCCUCAAAACUAGCCCAAAACUAGCCCAAUCGCAUUUCAGGGGGGUCCCACGGUAAAAUUCGCGUUCCAGGGACUAUAUCGCGUUAUUUUGGGUAGAUUCAACCCGCGGCAACACUGCCUACUCCAAAAGUCAGUUGAAAUUACGUCACAGUUAUUAACAUCGUACAUCUAGCGAUUUUAUUAAUUAAUUUAUUUUUAUUUGAUGUGCAUUUAAACACUAUUACACUGACAUUAAAUGACAAAUAAAGUAAUUAAAUUAAUAAAUAAUAGAUUAAAAUAAACAUCUGUGAGGGUGUUUCCAGCUGGACCAAGUGUCAUGCUCACUCUGUAUUUUUUGGGAACAUCAUAUGUGAACAAAUGUGGUCAAUGUGAAAAAUAUGGGGAAAUUCAUGUUUUUUUUCUGUAAGUGUUUAAAAUUCUUCUAACAUUUAAUGGAACGUAGUUUUGAUCGCAAUGCUUUCUUCCACCCACAUUUGCAUUGACUGUAAGAUUGGAAAUGUAUUUUCUUGUGCCCUGAAAUACAUUUUUAAAUGUAUUUUCUUGCCCCUGAAAUACAGUUUUAAAUAUAUUUUAAGUAGGCUAUAUGAAGGUUGAAACAAAAUAUAUUUUCAGUUUCAAAAAUAUAUUUCAUCGAACUUCACUGUUUACCACAUUAACAUUAUAUUUCAAAUAUAUUUUGGCCAGAUAAACAAAUUUUUAUCCGUCUGGUUGCUGUCGUGCAGAAACAUUGUAACUCUGAAUUUCGUAAUUUCUUAUUUAUUUUCUUUUCAUAAAUCUUAGUGGUCAUCCUUCACGUCUCUGUGGGUUUUGAAAUAUUUAUUUAACCAGUGAAAAGUUUUAAAAAGAGCUUGUGACUAAACCUCGUCACUGCAUUGGCUCUUCAAACUGUCAGUCAAACCUCACAACUCCACACGCCUCUAUCGUAAAAGAAGUGCCACACGCCGUUUGAAGAGAGAUCUUGUUUACAAUAUUAGAGUAAGUAAGCAAUUGUUUGAAUAAGUACAGCGCUUUCUUUACUCAAGAAACACUAUAUGUAAAAACUCAUGUUGUAUGUGUUUGAGGAGCAGAGAAGACAUGUCUUGCAUUUGUCACCGAGUCAUAGCCAGUCUUAAAUAGUCUCUGUGUUGCGCUCAUUAAUUAAAAAUGCUUAGUCACUCUUUGUAUUUGUAUUGCAUGUUCAAUUUUAAUCUAACGAAACAGCGUCUCCAUUCACUCAAACUCUUCUUGUGUUCCACUGUGACGUCACUGUGAUCGCCGCAUUCCUCAGAACGUUCGAUGAGUAUAAGCUUGAGUACAGAGGCAAUAUUCCUUUUGUAGCGAGUCGGCGAGUGGUCGUGAGUAUGCUCUUUACACAGGGAUUGGGGAUCUGAAUUUUAAUCUUUUUAUAACUCUGAGAAGAAUCAGCUGAAACAUUGGAAUGUUAUUUCUAUUUACUGUACAUUUAGAUAAAUAAAUAGAAAUGGGAAGGAAAUGUGGAAAUGGGAGGCUGAUAUCUAAAUCAAUAAUGAUCAAAAGAAAAAUUGAUAACAUGAUUAUUUAUGUUUGAUUGACCAACUGAUUGCAGAUCUGAUGACACACUGAAGUGAUAGUGAAAGCUGAUUGACCUUAAGCUGAUUUGUGUAGUUUUUAUUGGGGCGUAAUAGAAAAAUUUUAUACUUUUGCUCUCAGCCUCCCUUCACUUUUCUGAUGGACCACCACUGGGCAUACACUGUAGGCCUGUACUUUUUAUACAGGGGUAUACUUUGUUUUACACAUUCUGCUCAUUCUCAAUCUCGUGCGUAGUUGUGUCCGCACAACUAUUAACAGAUGGUUGAGUUUGACAUAUGCACACUACAAUUGCUUAUUUAUACUCUACCAGAUGUCAAAGGGCAGCACUGAAUCGUGUCAAUAUUCUUGUGUCUUAACAUUCGCCUAGCAUAUGCGCAGUUGUCAGUGGCGCAGCAAGUCAUCCCCAGGCCCAUAUGCAAAAAAAUUUUUACAGGCCCCCCUCGGAUAUUAUCACUAAUACGCAGACAAAAAUGGUAAAAAAACAUUUCUAGGAAUGACAACAGCACUACAGUACUAUAUGCGCUCUUCCAUCAUUUUGACUUUGCAUUGCGGAUCUAUUUCAAAAAUUGUCAAAAAACGGCUUUUCAACACAGUCUACGUUUGAAUUCGACCGAUUCGACUCUGGCUUUGGAAUUUCAGAAUGAUCAUAGCAUCAUCUCAGAUGCGAUGAGUCCGAAGAUUAUUCCAGUCAUGAAUUUAUUAUUGUGUUACAUACUUUUUUAAUUCACAUGUUUUAUUCCUAAUAAAUUUACUAGAAGUUUCUUCUCUAAAUUUGUUUCCAUCACGUUUUAUGUGCUUUUUAUUUCGUUGAAUAUAAAGUAGGCCUAUCCACCCCAGCGAGUGUAGGAGUUACAUUUAUUCACAUCUUGUGCAGUCUCAUUUAAAAUUCUGUAGCCUACUACUGACAAUACUGCAUGCAUAAGUUUCAGAAACCCACUUUAAAAAUGACAGAAAAGUGAAUACCAGUCAAAUACAAUAGAUCAUCGCUAAGACAUGGCUUGGACCAUUUUAUGGUCCAUUUAUUCAGAUUCUUAAUGAUUUUCAGUACAUUUAACAUAGAUAGGCUAUAGCAAGUUAUUGACAACAUUAUUUCUAUUGUACUUCAUUUUUCUGAACAUAUGUACACGGGUUCUGUCUCGCACACAGACGAGCGUGUGAGCCUUUGAAAGUAUUUGGGUGCAAAAAAAUCUAGUGGACUUUUGUUUUCAAGCACUCUAUUCACUCUCGGAUGGGCUGUUGUACGUUACACACACUGUUCGUGCCAUCACAAAAAUUGGCUGCACGCGGACGGGGAGUGCAGACGUCUGCGAACCCUCCUGAUGAUGAAAAUUUUGUGAUGUGGACGGUGCGCGGACGCCCAAAGUAUACUAUCGGGUUAAGCCCGUAAUAGCAGGCCCCCAAUCCAGCCGGGCCCAUAUGCACGUGCAUACCUUGCAUGCCCAGACGCUACGCCACUGGCAGUUGUACACACAUCGUCAGUGCAAACACCUUCUGAUGAUGAAAAUUGCAGAACGCAGAUGACAUAAGUAUACUUUGGGCUUAAAACAACAAGCUUUCAGGUUCUUAUACUGUAUGUUUACUCAUCUUAUUUCUUCCCUUUCUUUCAUAGUUUCACAGUUACAGAUUGCAUAUAGUCAUUUCUAGAUUACCUUUCACAUCAAACAUCUAUUGGAGUAUGUCAACCAUGCCCAGUAUUUAUUCUGAUGAGCUCAUCACGGCCCUUGCUGUGGGGAAGUGGUGGGCGAUGGUGGAAGUUUCAUCUCCUAUAUCUGAGGAGCCUGAGUAUGGGGGCUACAUCUCUGGCCAGUGGGGGGAUUUAGUGGAGGCACAAGAAACUUCAUGCCCCACAUCCCUGGUCUUCAGUGAUGCAUCUGAGAAGGCCCAGAGAAGGUCCCAGCACUCAGGUUUCUCAGAUGCAACACGGAAGACCACAAAGCAGUCAAGGCAGAAGAUUGCUAAGGGAGGACCUGUCCCUGCCAGGUCCAAACAGGGAGCACCUGUGCCCGCCAAUUCUGAGAAAGGGGACCUCUCUUCAUCCCUGGUCUUCAGCGACACAUCCGAGCAGGCCCCAAACUCAAGCUUCUCAGAUGCAACGCUGAAGAACAUGGAGCAGCGGAGAAAGAAAAAGUCACAGGUAGCACCUGUGCCUGAUGGGUCCCCACAUGGGACACCUGUGGCUGCUCCAAAGGACAAUGUAGGUCUGUGUCAGGCACCUCCACAAAAACUAUGUGUGGAAAUUGACAACCUAACUGAAAAGAUGCAGCAGCUGAAUCUUAAUCUGGAGAGCCACAACCAUCAAGCUCCUCAGACGAAGCCGAGAAUUCGGAGCAGCCUUCGGCGUGGGUCCCAGCUGAGCCGGAAAAGAGCAUCGGACAAUGCAGGUGUGGACCCAAAAGGUGUGCCGGUGCAUUCGGGGACCCCACAGGGAGCACCCGUGCCUGAUGGGUCCCCACAUGGAACACCUGUGGCUGCUCCAAAGGACAAUGUAGGUCUGUGUCAGGCACCUCCACAAAAACUAUGUGUGGAAACUGACAACCUAAAUGAAAAGACGCAGCAGCUGAAUUUUAAUCUGGAGAGCCACAACCAUCAAGCUCCUCAGACGAAGCCGAGAAUUCGGAGCAGCCUUCGGCGCGGGUCCCAGCUGAGCCGGAAAAGAGCAUCGGACAAUGCAGGUGUGGACCCAAAAGGUGUGCCGGGGCAUUCGGGGACCCCACAGGGAGCACCCGUGCCUGAUGGGUCCCCACAUGGGACACCUGUGGCUGCUCCAAAGGACAAUGUAGGUCUGUGUCAGGCACCUCCACAAAAACUAUGUGUGGAAACUGACAACCUAAAUGAAAAGACGCAGCAGCUGAAUUUUAAUCUGGAAAGCCACAACCAUCAAGCUCCUCAGACGAAACCGAGAAUUCGGAGCAGCCUUCGGCGCGGGUCCCAGCUGAGCCAGAAAAGAGCAUCGGAUAAUGCAGGUGUGGACCCAAAAGGUGUGCUGGUGCAUUCGGGGACCCCACAGGGAGCACCCGUGCCCACAGGUUAUCCGCAACAGGGAGCAAAACACGAGAUCCCUUUGCAUCUGUGCUACCCACUGUUGCUGCAGAAGCCCCAAGCCUCUUGUCAUUUGGCACAGAGAACUCAGACCAGGUCCCACCUGACCCGGAAAAGAGCAUUGGACAAUGCAGGUGUGGACCAGUCACCCCCACAAAAAAAGCAGCGCAUGGCAAUUGAAGUCAAGGUCCAACAGUCAGAGCAAGGCAGCUUAGAGCAAAUGGACCAUUUAUACAAAAAGGUUUAA